GUGGACUCCAAUCCACAGAAUGUCCCACAGGUGGACUCCAAUCCACUGAAUCUCCCACAGGUGGACUCCAAUCCACUGAAUCUCCCACAGGUGGACUUCAAUCCACUGAAUCUCCCACAGGUGGACUUCAAUCCACUGAAUGUCCCACAGGUGGACUCCAAUCCACUGAAUGUCCCACAGGUGGACUCCAAUCCACUGAAUGUCCCACAGGUGGAGUCCAAUCCACUGAAUGUCCCACAGGUGGACUCCAAUCCACUGAAUGUCCCACAGGUGGAUUCCAAUCCACUGAAUGUCCCACAGGUGGAUUCCAAUCCACUGAAUGUCCCACAGGUGGACUCCAAUCCACUGAAUGUCCCACAGGUGGACUCCAAUCAAGUUGUGGAAACAUCUCAAGGAGGA